UCAUCUUAAUGUUUCUCACCUUUUUACAUUCACAGUAUUAUCACUACUUUUUCAGGUCGGCGAUGGCACCACAUCAGUGGUCAUUGUGGCAGCUGAACUUUUGAAAGCUGCUGAUGAACUUGUGAAGAAUAAACUGCAUCCCACUACAGUUAUUAAUGGCUACAGACUUGCGUGCAAAGAGGCUGUCAAGUACAUGCAGGAAAAUCUCUCUUUUUCUGUCGAUGAACUUGGUCGCCAAUCGUUAGUAGAGGCAGCGAAAACAGCCAUGAGCAGUAAAAUUAUCGGACCUGAUUCUGAUUAUUUUGCUUCUCUCUGUGUUGAUGCUGCAGAAGCAGUAAAAGUUACAGACUCGACUGGAAAGAUCACUUAUCCGAUUGCUGCUGUCAAUGUCCUGAAAGCUCAUGGUAAAAGCGCUCGCGAGUCGAUGCUGAUUAAAGGAUAUGCCUUGAACUGCACUGUAGCCAGUCAGGCCAUGCCACUCAUUGUUACAAACGCUAAAAUUGCCUGCCUUGAUUUUUCUUUGCAAAAAGCUAAGAUGCAUCUUGGAAUUUCCGUUAUCGUUGAAAAUCCUGAGAAGCUAGAAGCAAUCCGAAGAGAGUGA